AUGAAACUACUCGUCGGUCCUGUGUGCGCCUUCACAUUCGCUAGAUCAGCCUUCGCGAAUGUUGUCGAUGCUCAUCUUUUGGCUACGGAUACCAUCUUGCAGUCAGAUCUCUGUUUCUCGAGCCCUCUUCUCGCUGAACAGAUUUCAUCGUCAGAAUGGCAGUGCGCACGAAGCAGCACAGCCGGGAACGCAACCAGGCAGGGGUAUGAAGAACUGUCUUCGGACAACGACACCUCAGCAGACUUCGGCUGGACAGGUCCCCAUGCCUGCGAAGGAGUCUAUUGCGUUUACACCAACUCGUUAUUCGCAGGCGGCCGCGGAAUUGCCAUCAUAAGCGACGGACACACGGCUAAUGCUCUCGCCAAUCUGCCCAUUUUCAUCGACCUGUCCAGUUCUGCAGCAGAAUCGCUAGUGAAAACGGCCAAAGUCAACAUGCAAAGUCAAAAUGUUGAGACACGAGACAUCCCUGGCAAAGGCCGCGGGCUCGUCCCCACGCGGCCAAUCCAUCGUGGCGAGCAGAUCUUAGCAUACACGCCCGUGCUGGUCAUCCACCGGGCCUUUGUGGACGACCUGUCCAGGGAGCAACAGCUGCGUCUACUGCGCGACGCAAUUCACCGUCUACCCACGGCCACGCGCACGGUCUUCUGGAAGCAGCUGGGCCAGACGCACGAGGUUGGCGACGACGACAUUCUGGAUAUUGUGAUGAACAACUCAUUCAACCUCCCUCUCCAGCUCCCCGGAGAGACAAACAGCGCGAGCUUUAUUGGGAACUUUCCAGAGGUGUCCAUGUACAACCACGACUGCCGACCGAACGUGGCGUUCCACCUCGAGAGUGGCCUCAUCCAUCGCACGCAUGCCGUACGAAAGUCUGUGCCCAUCCAGCCAGGAGAAGAGCUAUCAAUUUCGUACGUGGAUUCUUUCCGAGCCAGGGAUGUGAGGAGGGCAAGGACCAAGCAGAACUGGGGUUUCGAGUGUACCUGCGCACAGUGUAUGCUGCCCUCGGCGCUGGUGAACGCGAGUGAUCACCGGCUGUGGAGGAUCUACGAGGUCGAAACCGCGCUGAGGUUAGACAUGACAGUCGAGACUGUCGACCACCAAAAGAGCAGCGAUCAAAGUAUGGGUGAUCUGGAUGCGGUGGAACUGUUGAUCUCUCUGUAUGAACAGGAACGCCUGCUUGAGUCUCACGGAUCUUCGACUUAUCAGGUCGCGGCGCUAUAUUAUAACGCGCACGGCAGGAGGGAGCUGGCGAUCAAGUAUGCACUUCUGGCGCUGGAGGCAGGUAUUGUGGAGGACGGGGCACGGUCUCGGAAUGUAGAAGAGCUAGUGUCUUUGCUGGAGAACCCUGAGAGCCAUUGGAGCUGGGGAAGAAGAGUGUAG